AUGGCACGCUCGGAUGAGGAGUACAGCGACGCAGCGUCGGUAGACGACCUGGACGAAAACCUCGAGGAAGAAGACGAAGAUGAAGAUGACAUCGUCGACUCUCGGACGGCCAGCAGUCGACGGAGGGAUCGAGACCGGGGCGGCAAGAGCAGAAAGAAGAAGAAAAGGAAGCAACAUGGAGGCGCGGAGUGGGAGGUAGCAAGGACGUGGGAGACACUGGUAGAAGGUGCGGAUGGGACCAUCACUGCCACUGUCGAUGGCCUUCUUGAAGCCGACAAGAGGAAGAGGUGUGUUUUUUCCUUCUCUACGCUGGGGAAACAUCGGCUGCUUAGGACGAAAGAGAAGAUGUUGAUAAUUUGCAGGUUGCUCAAGGAUACUACACCGCUACAGCGAGGUAUAAUACGGCAUAUGAUACUUGUCCUCGACCUCUCCUUUGCCAUGGCGGAGAAGGACCUGCGUCCGACCAGAUACCUUCUCACUCUCAGAUACGCGCAGAAGUUCGUGCAAGAGUUCUUCGAGCAGAAUCCCAUUUCGCAGCUGGGCAUCAUGGGCAUGAAGGAUGGUAUAGCCGUGCAGAUCAGCGAAAUGAGCGGUAACCCAACCGAACAUAUGUUGGCUCUCCACGCCUUGCGGGCAGAAGACCCAAAGGGCCUACCAAGUUUGCAAAACGCUCUCGAGAUGGCCCGAGGAUCUCUAUACCACACCCCAUCCCACGGUACCCGAGAAGUUAUUAUUAUCCUUGGGGCCCUCCUCUCAUCGGAUCCGGGUGAUAUUCACCAAACGAUCACUUCUUUGGUGGCAGACAAGGUACGGGUAGGCAUAAUUGGUCUAGCCGCCGACGUAGCCAUAUGCCGUGAAAUAUGUGCCAAAACAAACGAUGGCAAUGACUCCAGUUACGGCGUGGCUAUAGAUGAGAAGCAUCUAUGGGACCUCCUGCUAGACGUCACCACUCCACCGGUAACGUACUCGCAACGCUACUCCUCUAACUCCUUGCUCAUGAUGGGUUUCCCUUCACGCACAGUAGAGCCCUUCCCUUCACUUUGUGCAUGCCACUCCAAACCCGUUAGAGGCGGCUAUAUGUGUUCGCGGUGUGGCAGUAAAGUGUGUUCUUUACCCGCCGAAUGCCCAACAUGCAACCUCACGCUCAUCCUCUCCACCCACUUGGCGCGAUCAUACCACCAUCUUUUCCCAUUGAUAAAUUGGGUUGAGGUUCCGUGGAAAAGGGCCUCAAGAAGUGUCAGUUGCUUUGCUUGUGGCAAUCCUUUCCCUGCUGUGCCUCCACGGGAUAAAUGGGACAUGCGAGAUAGGUCCAUCAAGGGUAUGUCCGUCAGCAGCAGGUAUGAAUGUACAGUUUGCCAUCACCACUUCUGCAUUGACUGCGACGUCUUUGCUCACGAAGUUGUCCAUAACUGCCCCGGCUGUCAGAGCGGUAAACCCCUGGAUGUGGACUCUAGCUCUAACCCAGCAGCAAAACCCCAGCCUCAUACAAACGGGCACUCACAAAACUCUCAACCUGCCGACAAUGGUGAUGCAAUGAAUACCGGUUGA